UUUGCUAUCCCUAACCUCUCUUUCUCUCUUCUUUCUUCUUCUUCUUCUUCUCCUUUGCGAGCUCUCGCUUCCGCCAUUAAUGGUGUCCUCCGAUCCACCCACCAUCACCAUCCCUGGCUGGCUGGAAACCCUGCCGCAUGCCCCAGUCUACCGGCCCACCAUCUCCGACUUCUCCGACCCCAUCUCCUUCAUCUCCCGCAUCGAGCAUGAAGCAUCUCGCUUCGGCAUCUGCAAGGUCAUCCCUCCCCUUCCCAGAGCAUCCAAGUCCACUACACUUCAACACCUCCAUUCUUCUCUUCGAAUCCCCUUUAGCACUCGUUGCCAGGAACUCGGCUCCAAGAAACCCUCAAAGACCAAGCAGGUGUGGCAAUCUGGUGAUUCUUAUACUAUUGAGCAAUUCGAGGCCAAAUCCAAGGCCUUUGCGAAGUCCCAACUUCAUGGCCUUAAAGAGGUUACUCCAUUGCUCGUUGAAUCCCUCUUCUGGAACGCCGUCGCUGAGAAACCAAUUACUGUCGAGUAUGCCAACGAUGUCCCUGGCUCUGCCUUUGCCCCUCGCCGGAAGAAGCGGAAACGGGAGGAAGGGACUCCGCGGAGCUUGUCAGAUAGUCCUUGGAAUCUUCAGGGGGUUGCGAGGUCGCCUGGGUCACUGACUCGGUUCAUGCCUGAUGACAUUCCUGGGGUUACUUCGCCAAUGGUUUAUAUUGGGAUGUUGUUUAGUUGGUUUGCUUGGCAUGUGGAGGAUCAUGAGUUGCAUAGUUUGAAUUUCUUGCAUAUGGGGGCGCCGAAGACUUGGUAUGCUGUGCCUGGAGAGUAUGCGGCGAGUCUGGAGGAGGUUGUCAGGGUGAAGGGUUAUGGUGGCAAUGUGGAUCGUUUAGCGGCUUUUAUGAUGUUGGGUGAGAAGACAACACUGUUGUUGCCGGAGGUUUUGGUGGAAGCUGGGAUUCCGUGUUGCAGGUUGGUGCAGUAUCCUGGAGAAUUUGUAGUGACAUUUCCAAGAGCGUAUCAUGUCGGGUUCAGUCAUGGAUUCACUUGCGGAGAAGCUGCUAAUUUUGCAACACCACAGUGGCUGAAGGUGGCAAAGGAGGCUGCAGUCCGAAGAACUGCAAUGAAUCAUCUUCCUAUGCUCUCUCACCAACAAUUGCUUUACAUGCUAACAAUGUCUUUUAUAUCCAGAGUUCCUAGACCAGUGCUCUCUGGUGUGCGGAGUUCACGUCUGAGAGAUCGUGAGAAAGAAAGGGAAUUGCUGAUUAAGGAAGCAUUUCUGAAUGACAUGAUGGAUGAGAACCGUAAAUUACAUAGCCUUCUUGAGAAAGAAUCGAUUCCUACUGUAGUUCUGUGGGAACCUGAAUUACUGCCUUCUGCAUCAAAUGUUUCUCAGUUAAAUUCAUCUUCAACAAUUCAUGAUACACAGCUGUCAGUGAUUGAUGCUGAACAAGGAAGUGAUGUUAACUGUAAAUUCAAGACCAUGUGUGACACAGUAUCAGGCAAUCGCCAAUUAAAAGAAAUACUGUGUGAAGAGACUAUGGGCCUCACUAGCAUAGCAACUCAUGAUAUCUCAUCAGGUAUGACAGUAAAGGAUGUUAAUACAUGCUGCCGAAGUUCUAAUGAAGAAACAGUAGGCAAAAUGGAUGAUGAUGAUGAUGAGGAGGAGGAGGAGGGAGGCGGAGGGGAGGAGGUCCUCCCAUUUGGUUUAAAUGUUGACUCUGGAACAUUGGCCUGUGUAGCUUGCGGGGUCCUUGGUUUUCCAUUUAUGGCAAUUGUGCAACCUGAGCUCUUUUCACUAAGUAAUGAUGAAUCUUAUCAAAAGUCUGAGAAAUCAGGUUGGUUAAAGCCUUGCUUACCUUCUUAUGUGCAAAGGACUUCCAAACUUGGUUCAGCAGACACAAAAGACUCCUGCUUGGAGUCUGAGGAGCAACCAAAUCAAGAAUCAGGUCCUGAUUCAUCUUCACAACUUUGUGGCCAUAUUCCUGCUGCUGAAUGCCAAGGCAAUGCCUGUGGUUCCAAGCUAUUGAAAAAUGUUAGUCAGCAGUCUACCUCCUGUGUCACCAAAUUGGUGAAAGUAACUUGUGGAAGAUUUGGUGACGCAGAUUCUGAAUAUAUAAAAGCGAGGAUCUUUUGCUUGCAGCAUGCUAUUGAAAUUGCAGAUUUGUUUAGGUGCAAGGGUGGUGCACGUAUACUGAUUAUUUGCCAUUCAGACUAUCUCAAAAUAAAAGCACUAGCCAUAGCAGUUGCUGAGGAAAUUGGCAUGCAAUUCAAUUUUAAAGAUUUCCCAAUAGAGGAUGCAUCUGCAACUGAUCUGGAUCUGAUUAAUUUCUCAAUUGAUGGAGGAGAAGAACAUGAAGAUUGGACAUCAAAACUUGGAAUUAAUCUGAGAUAUUGUAUUAAAGUUAGGAAGCAGUCAUCAUCAAAUCAAGAGCCACUUCCAUUAUCUCUGAGUAAACUUUUUGCUGAUUCCCCCCAUCUUUCAGUUGUUUCUACCCUCAAGUGGCUUUCCAGAAAAUCUCGCACACCAUACAAAGUUGUUGGCAAAUCAUAUUCAAAAACACAUAUUGUGAAAGACACUGUGAAUGAUGAAGCCCUUAAAGUCUGUCAAAAUCAUAAAAGAAGGCCAAGUUUUAUUACUGCUAAGCAUCACGGGCAACAUUCAAAAGGUCAACUGGAAGAAUCUCAUGGUAGCCGUGGAACAAAGUCAGUUGAUGAUGGGAAUGAUCAUAGCAGGACAUCUGGUUUUUUACUUUGUAAAGAUAAUUUGGAACUUUUCUGCACCGAUUCAUUAGUUACUGUCCCCUAUUCCUCGCCAUCAGACAAGCGUGAUGUGCAUGUUAACUCAGCUGUUAAAGGUUGUGAAAGACAACAGGUGCUUAACUCUAAUGAGGAAGCUAGUCAAACCUUGUUUUGUGAUUCUGUGAAUUCGGGGUUUUGCCAAUCAUCUUCAGAUUUGUCAAUGUUUGAAAAUGCUGAAGCACAUCAAAGUGGACUUGUAGCAGAUGCAGUUCCCACAGGGUGCAAGACUGGUGAUUUUGAAGAGUCAGAAUCCGAAAUAAAUAUUGUUGUUCAAGAGGUUGAAUCUUUAGAAGUUCUCAAAGAAAUUAUAGUUGCAGAAGACAGUUAUCCUUUAAAGUUUGGUAGGACCCAAGCUCCAGCCAAUAAGCCUACUCCAGAGACAGAAACCAUUGCCCAUGAAAAACUAGAAGGGGAUGAUUUGGUUCAUAACACUGGUUUAGAGAGUAGUAUUCUUAAGUUUGCUUUGAAGGUGGACCAGUCUAUUCCUCAGUUAGUUUCACACAAUAAUUCUGUUCCGCUUGAGAACCUUGAGGUUUCAGCUUCAGAACUUGUAAAUGCAGAAUUAGAUGUUUGUUCCAAACUCAAUAACAAUGAAUCAGACAUUGAUGAUUCUCAACCACAACAAAAUCAUAUUCUAGGGUCAAAAGAAAGCAGCUUGCAAUGUAAUGGUGAAGAUCAGAACAGGCAGCUUGGAUGUGAAUAUGUAAUUGAUAAGCCUGAACUCCAGCAGAAUAUCAAGGCUUCAGCUGAUCCUGAAAUUAAUGGUUCUAUGGCUUCAGAAGCUGAAACUUCUGAAAUCCCACUGGAUGCAUCUAAUGUUGACUGCAUAAAUCUUUUGCAAGAUAUUUCAGUGAAGCUGCCUCAUUCUGUUGGAAGGGCCAAGGGAUUGGUUAUGCCUCAAUUGAGCAAUGGCAUAAUUGAUGUAAAUUCGGUUCCAGAAGAUGUUUCUGUGCAAAAUGGGGUGAUAAGAAAUAAUGUGCGGCCAAUCAUUGUGUACAAGCGAGCUGAGAGGCCCAAAAAGAAACAGAAGAGUGAGGCAGAGCCGAUGUCAAAUGUUCAUCUAAGCUCUAAUGAAUUCAUUCGUAGCCCUUGUGAGGGUUUGAGGCCAAGGACUGGUCGACGUUCUCUGGAUGAAACAGCAGAUGUUGGAGCAGCGGAGAAGGGUGAAGGUUACAAGACAAAGAAACGAGACAGGCCAGCAGGUCAAAGUAUAAUACAGAAGGCUGAGGGAACCUAUAUAUGUGACAUUGAUGGGUGCCUUAUUAGCUUUAGGACAAAGAGAGAGCUUGACCGUCACCGGGACAAUCGUUGUAUAUUUAAAGGCUGUGGGAAGAUGUUCAGCUCUCAUGCUCUCGCAAUGCGCCACCAACGUGCUCACGAAGAUGAGCGGCCUCUCAAGUGCCCAUGGAAAGGUUGUGGUAUGUCCUUCAAGUGGGCAUGGGCCAGAACAGAGCAUGUCCGGCUUCACACAGGUGAGCGGCCAUAUAAAUGCAAGGUUGCUGGUUGUGGAUUGACAUUCAGAUUUGUUUCAGAUUUCAGCCGUCAUAGAAGGAAGACUGGGCAUUCUGGGAAUUCAAAAACAUAGCAGUUUUUGUCUUUCCUCAUUCUUUUCACUAGUUGAAGCUUUGAUUGUAGAUGUUCAGGUUUUCAUUUCAUUUAAGGAGCAGGCUUUCCUUUCUGACGACUAAGCAUACUUCCAGGGAUCCUUUCUUUAUAACUGAAUCUGCAGGAGUUUGCUGAUUUGGAUGUAGAUCUGUACAGACUAAUCCUUUUGUAUGAUUUCAGUCCAUUGUUUUUGUUAGCUGAAUUGAUUCUCCAAAUGUGGGAUUAAUUUUAGUCAACUUAAAUGCUACCACAGGUAAGAGAAUGUACUAUAAUUAUAUUGGAUUGAAAUUAAUUCUCCACUUUUAGUUC